GCGGCAAGCUGGGAAAUGUAGUUUCUCCGAUUCCUCCCAUUAGAAGCAGCUGUUUUGCAGCUUCGCCUUCCCUUCUCGGAGGGUCCGGGAGCCUCUGGCCGCUGCCGCCGGGUGGGCGCUGCCCAGCCUUCCACCAUGGUCCACGCCUUCGUCAUCCAGACAUUACGCUGCCGACCCGGGGAAGAGACAGGCUGCUGCCGAGUGCUCUAUUCCAGGGUCUUCGGCCCUGAAGGGUUGGAAAAUGCUGGGCCCCAGGAUCGCGAGAAGGAGCGGCUGCGCAAGAAGGAGCAGAUUCUGGCCGUUGCCAGGCAAGUGGAGUCAGCCUGCAAACUCCACCUGCGGGCCUCCGGGAAGCCUCACUCCGAGCACCUAGCCCAACUCCCUGACGAACCCGUUUCUCUCCAGGAUGUCCCAUUGGGGGUCUUCCGCCUCCCCUUGGGGGACCCCUUCUCUGAGGACAAGACCGUUCUGUGGGUGGGCAUCCAGUGCCUGGGCUUUGCUCUGGUCUGUGACCCCCAGGAGAACCUGCUGCUGGCCGAGAGCACCUUGAAGCACCUUGCCAAGACCCUCAUCGACCACCUCAAGCUGCUGAGCUCAGGGAGCGACGUCAUCCUCAAGGCCGACAGGACAGAGGUCAUCCUCCACAAGUUCCUGCCGCACGGGCAGCUGCUCUUCCUGAACGACCAGUUUGCGCUGGGCCUGGAGAGAGAGGCGAGCGUGGCGCUUUCCAAAUGAAAGAUCUCCAAAGGGAUGGAGGCUUGAACGGCCGUGGGCAGCUGUGGAUGGGUCAGCUGUUUUGCCGCCUGCUGUGUAUGCCAGCCUCGACCUGCCUGCAGCCCCUCCGAGCGCUUGGGGCUACAAUUCCCAUCAUCCACAGCCAGCACAGGACGAUGGGAUUGACAGUCCCAAGCACCCAGAGGGGCUGCAGGUGGGUGAAAUCUGCUCUUUGCGAGAGCAACGUUACAUUGCACACUGCAUGAUGGAGAAGAAACAGGAGGAGGAGACUUACUACCUCUUUUUACGACCCGCUUUUCAGAACUCAAGUUCUGAUUUUCCCUCUGCUCCCUUGAAACUGGCCCCGACUGGUGACAUUGUUAGGAGAGUUGCUGUCGUACAGUAAUUGCUAAUAAAACAUAGCUAUGGUUUUUCAGUGUUCAAAGCAUAUGGCAUAAAUUAGGGGUGGAGAACCAUCAGGUGUGGGGCUGGGGGGCUAUGUGAGGAAAUGCGGCCCUGUGAGCCUUUCUGCCUGGCCCUCGAGACUGCCACACUCAUCUCCAGCCCUGCUUCGUGCCUCCUUGAGGGAUUUUGCCUGGCUGCAACGGGUCCUUGAGCCCCGGUCAUGCUGCUUGGUUGCUUCACGAUGUUGAAUUACAACAAGAAGAUGCCUUACUCCUGGAGAAUUAUAGAUGUCUAAAAUCCAUGGCAUAAUUUUGCAGCUGCCCCUUACUUAUCUAACAUCACUAACGAAGCCUAUAGAUGGGAAUUUUCUAGAGCCCGUUUUGAGGCAAUGCCCUCAGCUGUGCUGUACGGCAAAUUUAUGCGGGUACCAAUUCAUGAGCGCCUUUGCCCCAGCAUGUCUAACAAGGUAGAAUCUGUCACUCAUAUCCUUUUAUUUUGCGAAUUUUAUAGUGAAGAACGAGCUCGACUUAUUUUACCCCUUUUCUCAAAAUUUACACCCUUACAAUAUUAUUUUGGAAUUCUCCUCUGAAAACUUACGAAAAUUCCUUCUGGAAGAUUCCUCAAGUCCAGUAUCAUAUGAUGUGGCCAAAUUUUGCACUUUAGUUAUUAAGAAACGUAAAUCUCUCUUAUUGAAUAACACAUUGCAAAUUCCCUUUGUGUAAUUUUUUUUUAUUUCUGGUGAUGUUAUUGCUGAUUUCUUUUGUUU